ACAUCGAAGUUGUUGAAUCACGCGAAUGACAUUGACAGUGACAAUAUAUGCAAUCAAAAUAUAGAACCAAAUUUACCUAAUAUGUGCGAUAUAAAAGUUAUUUUUGUAUUUAUAAAUUAUUUAAGUCUAUAUUCUCGUUAAAUCAUAAAUAGAUUUAUCAUCUUACUGUCUAAAUACUACAAAAGAUGGAGUUUCCUACAUUAGGCGGACACUGUCAAUAUCAAGACUGUAACCAAAUCGACUUUUUACCAAUACAGUGUAAAUGUGGGAAAGUUUUUUGUCGACAGCAUUAUAACGAGCACAGUCUCUCUGGAGAGUGUAAGUUGGCGCCAGAACCAAAAGAAGUUAAUCUUAAACAUGAUGGCCAAAUAUUCAGGUGCUCAGAAAAAGGGUGUAAAAAAGGAGAUCUGCCGGAAAUGUUAUGUUCGAAAUGUAACAAACACUAUUGUGUUGAACACAGGUUUCACCCUUCCUGCCCUGAAAUAGAUGAUGAAACAAUGGCUGCAAAAAUAGAGCAGUUUGAGGCACCAAGGAGAAUGUAUCACGAGGCCAAUAAACAUCUUCAAGAGAAGAUCACAGAAAACAUCCGCAAGGCUCUACAAUCCUCAAAAAAGGUUCAAACUGCCUCAAAGGUGCAUCUUAUGAGAAUAAAAUCAAAAGCAGUUGGACCUAAAUCUGUCUCCCCACUGCUGAGGGUAUUCUUCUCCAUCAAAAAGCCAGUGGACAUGAAACCAAAACCUAUUAGAAUAGUAAAAGAAGAGGAUAGUAUUACAAAAAUUGAAACAGUGGCAUUGGACCCAGACAUAAAAGACACAAUAGCAGUAUUUAUUUGCUCAAAAUGGAGGUUAGGCAGAGCAAUAGACAGUAUCUGUGACUCAUGUAAUAUAAAGAAUGAUAACAACAGAGUUAGUCCUGUGAAGCUGAGGCUUUUUAGACAAUUGGAUAACUAUUGUAUAAGUCCUUUAAAGAUGGAUGUUGAAAUAUCUGAACUGCUGAAGACUGAGGUUCUUACUGAAGGAGAUAAGCUUGUUGUAGAGUAUAUAGAUAGCAAUGUACUAAAUGACUUAGAUGAACAUGCUCAGUUGUUUCUAAUCUAAUCAAUAAAUCAUUUAUGUAUGAA